CACAAUGAGAGUGUUUUACUGAAUUCAGCCGUUUUUGAGUUUGUCUUCUAUGCGAUGUUGAACGAUAAAGCGUUUUUAAGUGCACGCGCUGAACGUCAUCUUUUUGCAACUGUAAUGUAUGACGUGACGUGGUGAUUAUCUUUGAUAACUUAAUGUCACUUGUCACUUGAAGUCACGAUGAAUUAUGACGAGGAGACCAGACCACUUUUGGUCAACGAUGAAGGGAGACAAGAAGACAGAUCAGAGCAGGACUCCUACCUCGAUACGGUUAAGAAUGGCAAAUUGUACGUGGCCACGUUUGCAGCAGUUCUGGGACCCCUGAGUUUCGGGUUCGUUUUGGGUUACAGCUCUCCUGCCAUACCAGAACUCAGCAGAACCCAGGACCUGAGACUACAGCUCAACACAGAGGAGGCGUCUUGGUUUGGGUCUGUGGUGACGAUUGGUGCCGCGCUCGGGGGUCUGCUUGGAGGAUGGAUUGUGGAAAAGAUCGGCCGAAAGUUGAGCCUCAUGUUCUGUGCAAUACCAUUUAUCUUUGGUUUUACAGUCAUCAUUGCUGCUCAGAAUCACUGGAUGUUAUAUUUGGGCAGAGUUCUCACUGGCUUGGCCAGUGGAGUCACUUCACUUGUUGUACCUCUUUACAUCUCUGAAAUGGCUCACGAACGAGUUCGGGGCACCAUGGGUUCCUGUGUUCAACUGAUGGUCGUGACGGGCAUUAUGGGAUCCUAUAUCACAGGUUUGUUUCUGGACUGGCGGUGGUUGGCAAUUGCUUCCUCUAUCCCUCCCACCCUGAUGUUGGUGUUUAUGUGCUUUAUGCCUGAGACCCCACGGUUCCUGCUGUCCCAGGGUAAGAGGAGAGAGGCAGAGGCAUCCCUGCGGUUCCUCAGGGGUCCUGAUGCACCAGUGGAAUGGGAGUGUGCCAGAAUAGAGGAAGCCUCCAAAAAUGAGGAGCAAUGCUUCAGUCUGGCUGAUCUAAAGGAUCCUGGCGUUUAUAAGCCUUUAUGGGUGGGCAUCAUGUUGAUGCUGUUCCAGCAGUUUACUGGCAUUAAUGCCAUCAUGUUUUACGCAGAGACCAUCUUUGAACAAGCUCAUUUCAAAAGCAGCGAUGUUGCAACGGUGAUUGUGGCUGCCAUUCAGGUGAUCUUCACGGGCUUCGCUGCUUUUAUCAUGGACAGGGCUGGGCGAAAAGUUCUCCUGAUUUUAUCUGGUGUCACGAUGUGCGUCAGUGAGGUGGUGUUUGGCGUGUACUUCAAGUUGACUGUGAUGAAGCACGAUAACUCCUCACUCAUAAAUGCACUAACAGACACUCAACAGCAUCAAACAGACCUGGCCUGGCUUGCUGUGGGAAGCAUGGGCCUUUUCAUUGCAGGAUUUGCUCUUGGUUGGGGUCCGACUCCGUGGCUCGUGAUGUCUGAGAUCUUUCCCACACGAGCAAGAGGAUUGGGCAGUGCUUUCUGUGUGCUUACCAACUGGACGUGUGCUUUUAUCGUCACCAAAACCUUCCAGAACCUCAUGGAUCUGAUGUCUAGUGCGGGAACCUUCUGGAUGUUCUCAGCGAUGUGUGCACUGAAUGUCAUCUUCACUGCUGUAUUUGUCCCUGAAACUAAAGGCAAAACUCUGGAGGAGAUUCAGGCCCAUUUCAAGGGAACUUAUCAGCGCUAAAAACAAUGUUGCUUUCGUGCCACUGCCAACACAGAAGUAUUCAGCAAAUGAUAUAAUUGCAUUGACCUUCUGUUUACAGAUCAAAUGCGUAUUUGUUUGAUCAAAAACAGACAAAAUGUGGAAUUGUCAUUGAAUUAGGUUUAAUAUUGUUUUUUUAUAAAACCUUUGAUGCACCAUUGUGAUUUUAGGUCUAAUUGAUUUUUGCUUGCAGGUUACAUAUAAGCAAGUAUGUUUUUUGAAGGAAGCGCACAACUUCAAGAGUUUUGGAAAUAUUGAGAUAUCCUUAGAUAAACUUUUUAUAUUUUAUAAAAGCUAUAGGUUUAGUUCUCAGUUUUAUGUGUGAUGCAAAAUGUAUAAGUAAUUGAAAAAAAUAAAACAUGUUUAAUGCUUACUAAUGAAUGACA